AUGCGAGAGACGCUUCAUCUGGCCUGCGGCGGCGUAAUUUCCGGCGGGUUGAUGUCGAAUUUGACGAGGGAGGACAACGGUAUGCUGAUUUCGUCCGAGGAUUCGUCUUCGUAUCCGGAUGAGCUGGAGUUGGGCCUUGGGCUGGGCCUCGGCGGAAGAAGGGUUAGAAUCAAUCCGCCGGCGCCGGCGCCGGCGGCCGGUGGUGCUGGUGGGUGGGAUCAGUACGCGAGGAUUUUGACAGCGAAGGAUUUUCCUCCUCCGGCGGGCUCUGCUAAAGCUGCGUCCUCGUCCUCGUCGACUUCCUCCUCGUCCGUGACGAAAGCUAAUGUUAAUAAUAAUGGCGCUUGUGGCAUGAAAAGAACUGCCGAGUCGCCUUCUUCGCCUCCGGGCCGUCCGGCAAUUAGUCAGGUGGUUGGAUGGCCUCCUGUCAGAACUUACCGAUUGAACAGCUUGGCCAACCAAUCAAAAUCACCGGUUACUGAGGACUUCUUCUCGGCUGCUGAUAAAUGUAGCAGCAAAAGUUCAAUAUCGGACAAGGCUAAUCAAGGAGGCACCACAAACAAUAACAAUGCAAAGGAAAAGGGACCUCGUAAAACUUCUUUGUUUGUGAAGGUGAACAUGGACGGCGUCGCGAUCGGUAGAAAGCUUGAUCUGAGUGCUCAUAGCUGCUAUGAGACUUUAGCUCGUGCGCUCGAUGACAUGUUUAAACCCCGAUCAAAUGUUGAGGAGCAACUUGUUUUUGUCACAAGACAACCUUUGCAGUUGCUGGAUAGUUCAUCUGACUUUGUGCUCACAUAUGAAGAUAAAGAUGGAGACUGGAUGCUUGUUGGUGAUGUUCCCUGGGAGAUGUUUUUAAACUCGGUGAGGAGACUACGGAUCAUGAGGACAACUGAGGUUAAUGGACUCGCUCCAGGAUCCAACAGAAGGACCAGGAAGCCAACAACAGCUCCAAUAUAG